AUGUCCCCUCCAUCAUCCUCCGAUAAGAAGCAGUCUGCCGCUGCCAGAGUCUUGGGAUCUGCCUCGGCUGGUAUCUGCGAGAUUGCAGUCUUCCACCCGGUGGACACCAUCUCCAAGAGACUGAUGAGCAACCACACCAAGAUCACAUCUGGUGCUCAAUUGAACUCUGUAAUUUUCAGAGACCAUGCAAAGGAAGCCUUCGGAAAGAGAUUAUUCACUCUUUUCCCCGGUCUGGGUUAUGCUGCUUGUUACAAGAUCUUACAGAGAGUGUACAAGUAUGGUGGUCAGCCGUUUGCCAAUGAGUUCUUGACCAAGAAUUUCUCGGACACCUACGAAUCCUAUUUUGGUAAAAAGACCGGCAAAGCUUUGCUUUCGGCCUCGGCUGGUUCUUUGAUCGGAAUUGGUGAGAUUGUUCUGCUGCCUCUCGACGUCUUGAAGAUCAAGCGUCAGACUAACCCAGAGUCUUUCAAGGGCCGUGGUUUCGUCAAGAUCAUCCAGGAUGAAGGACUCGGUCUUUACCGUGGUUGGGGCUGGACCGCUGCUAGAAAUGCUCCGGGCUCGUUCGCGCUGUUUGGUGGUAACGCCUUUGCCAAGGAGUACAUUUUCGGAUUGUCCGAUUACACCAGUGCUUCUUGGUACCAAAACUUUGUCGCUUCCAUCUUUGGUGCUUCUUCUUCUCUGAUUGUAUCCGCUCCAUUAGACGUGAUUAAGACCAGAAUUCAGAACAGAAACUUCGAGAACCCCGAGUCUGGUUUCACCAUUUUGAAGAACAUGGCCAAGAACGAGGGUAUCACCUCAUUCUUCAAGGGCUUGACUCCAAAGCUUUUGACUACAGGUCCUAAGUUGGUCUUCUCUUUUGCUCUGGCUCAGACUUUGAUCCCAGCUUUCGACACCUUGCUGAAAUAA